AUGGACAGCGUGCAAACAGAAAGUGCCGUCGAACCACAUCUCAGUACGUUCUUAGACUCGUUAUUUGACGAGCCGUUUUCUCCUCUUGAAGCUGGUCCGGCCCCGGCAGCGCUCAUCGAUGCACCUCCAAUCCCAGGCCUCUUUUUCACCCCUUCGCUCCGUCUUCCCGCAGACCUCGCAGAUUCCGUGAUGAACUACUGCUUGGAAACCUUCUUCACUGCGGACUCACCGUCCUCGGGUCUACCUCCCCUUCUCACUUCACUGCUCGAUGUUCUAUCCGACCUUCUCAGGCCUACGUUGCCCCCAGAAAUCCACUCUUUACUCUUUCCGACUGUCCCUACGCGAGCUAGGCAGGCUAUCAUUAAUCGGUACGAUCCUGGUGAGGGGAUCACAGCCCCAUCUUUGGCAGUGGGUGUGUCAUGCAGUUCGCGUCUGGAUUCGAAGGACCAGGCAGUAUGGAGUGUACCUCCGGAGAGAAGUAUCAUCGUCAUGUCAGGAGAUGCGAGGUAUAACUGGACUCAUGGUAUUGAGAAGAAGACUGCGGAUUAUGUGCAGAGUCCGGAUAUGUCGGCAGCGGAUAGAGGUCGAUGGGUGGAAAGGACGAUGCGGGUGAGUAUAACCUUUAGAUGGCUGUUGCCAGGAGCAGAGGUUGUGGGUGGCGCUUAA